UCUAAUCAUAAUGAUAUGCAGACAUUUUGUAACUGUUGUAUUCCUUUACUGCUUUCUUUUCUGGCAUGUGAAGAUUACGGAGAGGAAGAGGUAGUAGAGGUAGAGGUAGCUCCAGAGGCCGCUCCUGAACCGGAGCCUGAGCCUGAGCAAGAACCUGAGCCAGAGCCAGAACCAGAGCCAGAGCCAGAAAAAGAGCCAGAACCAGAACCAGAACCAGAGCCAGAACCAGAGGUGCAUGAGGAAGAGGCCUAUGAAGAGGAAGAGGAGAAGCCCAAGUUCAAACCAGCUGGACCUAAGAUCCCUGAUGGAGAGAAAGUGGACUUUGAUGACAUCCAGAAGAAGCGUCAGAACAAGGAUCUCAUUGAGCUGCAGGGCCUGAUCGAUGCUCACUUCGAAUGCAGGAAGAAGGAAGAGGAGGAGCUUAUUGCCCUGAAAGAUAGAAUUGAGAAACGUAGGGCAGAGAGAUCAGAGCAGCAGAGGAUCCGUGCUGAGAAGGACAAGGAGCGCCAGGCAAGACGUGAGGAAGAGAGGCAGAGGAAGGAGGAGGCUGAUGCUAAGAAGAGGGCAGAUGAAGAUGCCAAGAAGAAGUCUGCUCUGUCCAGCAUGGGCUCCCAGUACAGCAGCUACCUGCAGAAGGCUGAUUCCAAGAGGGGAGGUAAGAAGCAAACUGAAAGAGAGAAGAAGAAGAAGAUUCUGGCAGACAGACGCAAGCCUCUGAACAUUGACCAUCUGAAUGACGACAAGCUGAGGGAGAAGGCCAAGGAACUGUGGGACUGGAUGUACUCCCUGGAGUCUGAGAAAUUUGAUCACAUGGAGAAACUCAAGAGGCAGAAGUAUGAGAUUACUACCCAGCGUAUGAGAGUGGAGGAGCUCAGUAAAUACUCCAAGAAGGGUGCUGCUGCUCGUCGCAGAAAGUAAACUUUCACAGAGAAAUUUGCUUUCGUGGUAUGAAUGGCCUGCUGCCUGUCUCUUCAAGCUCCGCCCAUUCUCAACAGGACUCUCUGACUCCACCCACAGCUUGCAGAUGACCAGAGAUAGUCAAAGGCGGUCUACCACUCCCUGCAUGACAUUAACAAAGUCCAGUUUUAGCAACAGUUGCAAUAGGCACUUCCUCCACGGGUCUGUCUUUAGGUUCUCACCUUCUGUUUUUGUAAAUAAUGUUUUGGUUUGCCAGCUUUAUCUGUUGCACUGUAACUGUCUGGCAAUUCAAUAAAAUUAUUCUUCAAGACUGAA